CGCCGGCGGGCCGGGAGGAGGCCGGGGGUGGGGGAGUGAGUGGUGGCGGAGCCCCCAGCAGCGUGGCCUUUUUUUGGGGGGGCGCGUAGGGGAGGGUGGCGGAGGAGGGCCGGGGCUGGCCGCCGCGGACCUGGCCGUAGAUGACUGCAGAAGCGCAGCAAGCUCUGUCCUCUCAGCCCCCUCCUCCUCCGGUGCAGAGCAGCUACGGCCCCAUGUCCUCCGUGGCCGAGAAGCAGCCGCAGAGCUCGGCCAUGGACACCGCCUCCGCGGCGCCCGGCGGGGCGACCGGCAGCGCUCCGGGCAGCGGCGGCAACCCGGGCAGCGGCGGUCCCAAGGCGAAGAAAACCAACGCGGGGAUCCGGCGGCCGGAGAAACCGCCUUAUUCCUACAUCGCCCUCAUCGUCAUGGCCAUCCAGAGCUCACCCUCCAAACGCCUGACCCUCAGCGAGAUCUACCAGUUCUUACAGAGCCGCUUCCCUUUCUUCCGAGGCUCCUACCAGGGCUGGAAAAACUCGGUGCGCCACAACCUCUCGCUCAACGAAUGCUUUAUCAAGCUGCCCAAGGGGCUCGGACGCCCGGGCAAGGGCCACUACUGGACCAUCGACCCGGCCAGCGAGUUCAUGUUCGAGGAGGGCUCGUUUCGCCGCCGACCCCGCGGUUUUAGGAGGAAAUGCCAGGCGCUGAAGCCCAUGUACAGCAUGAUGAACGGGCUCAGCUUCAACCACCUCCCCGAGAGCUACGGCUUCCAGGGCUCGGCCGGUGGGCUGUCCUGCCCCCCCAACAGCCUUUCCCUCGAAGGGGGCUUGGGGAUGAUGAACGGGCAUUUGUCCAGCAACGUGGAGGGGAUGGGCCUCGCCGGACACUCCGUGCCCCACCUGCCCGCUAACGGUGGGCACUCCUACAUGGGCAGCUGUACCGGCUCCUCGGCGGGGGAUUACCCGCACCACGAGAGCUCCGUGCCCGCCUCCCCGCUGCUCGCCGGCGGGGGAGUGAUGGAACCCCACUCGGUUUAUUCCAGCUCGGCCUCAGCGUGGGCACCGUCCGCCUCGGCGGCCCUGAACACCGGCACAUCCUACAUCAAGCAGCAACCCCUCUCGCCCUGCAACCCCACGGCAAACCCGCUCUCCUCCAGCCUUUCCACGCACUCCCUCGACCAGUCCUACUUGCACCAGAACAGCCACAAUACCGCCGAGUUGCAAGGCAUCCCGCGGUAUCACUCCCAGUCUCCGAGCAUGUGCGACAGAAAGGAAUUCGUCUUCUCUUUCAACGCCAUGGCCUCCUCCUCCAUGCAUUCAGCGGGCAGCGGCUCCUAUUACCACCAACAAGUGACAUACCAGGACAUCAAGCCGUGCGUUAUGUGAUACGGGGCGGAAAGAAAACACCUCCUGGGGAGGGCGAGGCCUGACCAGGCCAUCAAGCCCCCCACCUCCAGGACCCUCUCCGUGGAAGGGGGGGAUCUCUGCAGACUGGCUUUGUUCAGGAGGGAUAAACAGGAGCACCGGAGCUGAGCAUCGGCCCGACCCGACCUCCAACGCGGGUCUUUAAUCACCGACGGUCUCUGCCUUCUUCUGCUUCUGCGCUUGGGGUUGGGUUGAGAGGAAAGCGAAAAACAGCCCUCCUCCCUCCCCCCUAAAAAAAACCCGACUGCGAGUUCGGGUUAAGGGUUUGACAAAUGAGGUUAUUAUGCUUCUUAAAAAAAAGAAAAUUACUAAUUCAGUUUGUAAUUGGCAUUGAGCGAUGCCACCAUCCCGGCUGGCAGGCGCAGAGUCGGAUCGGGCUGAGGGCGUUGGAAAGGACCGGACUUUAAAGCCAGCGCAUCCCGCGGCCCCUCCGCGCUGCACCGCGGGGAGCAGCGGAGUCACUGCCCGGAUCCCCCCGCCCCAGCCCCUUCGGUGCCGUCUCACUUCGAGACCCUUUUUCAGAUAUUUUGGUUUUUUACUUUUUAUUUUUUUUUUUCGUUUCGGCCAAUACCCAACGGGCAAAAAAAAUCCCUCAGAGGGAUUUUUUUUAUUUUACCUAUUUUUUGGGGUUUUUUGCCUGCAGGAUCAGACCCUAUGCAGAGAGAAUAAGGCACUUUGAAAAGAGACAGCCAUGCUCAUUCUGUUAUUUAUUCUACUUGUUGUUGUUACUAAUAAUCGAGACACGAGUAGUCUCAGCUGAUCAGUAUUAAAUCGGUGAAUCUCUGUUGGCAAUAUUUGCCAUAUAGAUUUUUUUUUUAGUUAACCUUUGUAAAUUUUAAACCGAUCAUGGUCUCUGUGUAAAGACAAUCCUCCAUAUGUUUUUAUAGAAAUAUAUAUAUAAUGAAGGAUUAUUCCCCUCCCUCCCCCUCUAUAUUUUUUUUCGCCCUGACUUUGUACAGUUCGGUGACACCUAUUUUAAUUCUUUCUGCACUGUAUAAAAUUGUAAUUAUGUGUUGUCGUUGUUGGUUUAAUUUUUUUUCGCCUUGCCCUUUUGUGUACGUUUUGUCCCCUAAAGAAAAAAAAAAUCGAACCCAAAUAAAACAUGUAUGUUAUUUGUACAUGGGCUUCACGGUUGUAUGAGCAGCAAAUAAACGAGCACGCGGUGUAACACGCC